GGGGCAGAGCACCAGGCCCGCAUCUCUCCAAGGUUUGACCUGCCCCCAGCAUGAGGACUCUCCACGAGAAAAUCCUUGUUCUUACUGCUCUCCUGUCGUUGAUCUGUGCCGUCCAGGUCACUUCCCUGCCUCUGCCUGAAGACUGGAAUGGUUUGAUCGUGCGGACAAAGCGAUCUCUGUUGUGGCGUUGGAACAGCAUGAAGGCCGUCGGUGAAAGCUGCAGAGAUCAGCACGAGUGUGUCACACAAUACUGCAGGAACAAUAUCUGUUCCUUCUGGAUGUCCACCUGAAGACGGAGAUACACCAACACAACUCCAUCAGGGAAACUGUCUGCAAAACAACCUCCGUCUCAUGGACUGAAGGGACCUUCGUCAAAAUGAAACCUGAAAUGUUUGCUGUGAUAUUCUGGCCUGAACUGAUGAAGUGUUGGAUCCUGUUUAUCAGUCAGAGUCCUUUGAUGUGGAGCCGCAGCAAAAACAAGCUGUAAAAGUUGGAUCCACAUGAACAGUAAAAUGGCUCCAUCUCCAUUGAUAUUGAUCUUUAGUGUUUCUCUGAAGUCCAUAGACAGGUUGUUCACAUCUGCAACAUGAUUUUAAUACAAAAUAUACAUAUUCAUACAAUGUUUGUGAGUUUAUUGUUUUGUGUUGUUAUUAUAUAUUUAUUUGUACAUAUUGUAAGAAAUAUAAAUAUGCAAAUAUACUUUACAAAUACAUA